UUGACAUUUGGCCCAUGUGAGUAGAGCAGAGCGAGAGGAAUCACACGCCUGAGGAGGACCGAGGACUAAUAGAGUACUUUCUUUCGCGCUUAUGUAGGCUCUUUCUUAUUUACCGGACAUUUUCGAGUGUAAAUAAAUACAAAAAAAACAAAAACAAACCCCAAACAGGUUCGUACAAAUGCAGCCAUGACCUCCGUGUGGAAGAGACUCCAGCGCGUCGGUAAGAGAGCGUCCAAGUUCCAGUUUGUCGCGUCCUAUCACGAACUUACCGUCGAGGGCACCAACAAAUGGCAGCCAGACAAGCUGAGAGUGGUUUGGACCAGACGAAACAGACGAAUCUGCACUAAGCUUCAUGGCUGGCAGCCUGGCAUCAAGAAUCCGUACAGAGGGACAGUGUUGUGGCAGGUACCUGAGAAUGUGGAUAUUACAGUCACACUCUUUAAGGAUCCAAAUGCUGAUGAAUUUGAAGACAAAGAUUGGACGUUCAUCAUUGAAAAUGAGACAAAGGGUCAUCGGAAAGUUCUAGCAUCAGUGGACGUAAACAUGAAGAAGUAUGCCAACGUCACUUCAGCCACGUUUGACCUGACGCUCAAUCUGAAGCCACUCUCUGUGAAAGUGGUGGACGCUACGCUAAAGCUCAGCCUGACCUGCAUCUUUCUCAAAGAGGGCAAGGCCACUGAUGAGGAUAUGCAGAGUUUAGCCAGUCUAAUGAGCCUUAAACAUUCAGACAUUGGAAACCUGGAGGACUUCAACGACAGUGAUGAAGAAGACAAGAGGAUGAUUACAGGAACAGGCAGAAGCAUGGCAGUCACAGCUCCUCUUCCUCCUGUUAGAAAAGUUCAUGAUGAGGCAUGGAGGCCUGCUGUAGACACAAACCCUUUUGUCACAGUUCAUUCUGAAAUGGAUUUGAGGAGUUCAUCAUCAUCAUCAUCCUCUGUUCCUAACCUUCCUCAUCAAGCCUGCCACCUGUUCCAGACCUCUGUCAAACCUUCUCUCUCAUCACUUUGUACUGCACCCACCCAUCUCCCUGACCUUUCUGGCUCAUCCCAGGCAUCACAUGCCUCCCGUUUUGCCUUUACUGUACCGGCAUUUAUUCGUGCUCAUCCUCCUGCCCUGCCCAAAAUCUUCCAGCCAACAGCAGGCUCAGUGCCUGUAUCUGUUUCCCGAAAGCCCUCAGGGGGCCAGGCUGACGCUCGUAUGACCGAGGUCAAUAGCUCCGUAGCUUCACACCCACGACCCCUCUCCUCCACAUUUCCUGGUCCCAGCGCUCCUCCUUUCUCUCUUUCCUCCACCUUCUCCUCCUCCUACUCCUCUCAGCUGACUGCUCCACCUGCUAUUUCUCAGACAGAGUCGCACAGACAACUCGGCAUAUUGAGAGAGGAGGAAUAUCCCACUGCAAUCUGUCCUGGUGAGGAAAAUGCAGAUACCAAAACAUCAAAUGCUCACCAAGCCAAAGACUUAAGAUCGUCCCAUUGCAAGGCUGGGCAUAUCACCACAGCCAAUCAUAAACCAGACGGAGAAUCAUUGUUUGAACUGCAGAUCGUGAAGCCAGCACCAAGACAAGCUACAGAGGAUUCUUCAAACCUGCCUGUCCCAAGGCCUCGUGUGAAGAAACGUCUAAGUGCCUCAUUCCCAGAUGAUACCUCGGUUCCCGCUGAUGAAAUAACCCAUCCGGCAGAAGGUUCUAAUAAGAACAUUAAUGAACCAAUUCUCACCAGAGGGAUUACGAAGACAGAAGCCAUGGUCCAUCAUGGAGGUUCUCCAGGAAACGCUGCUGCAUCCACUGAGGCAGAGACAACAUGCCUUGUAGAUUCCAGCCAGUCUCUUCUAGAGUGGUGCCAAGAGGUAACGCAAGGUCACAAAGGUGUGAAGAUCACAAACUUCAGCACCUCCUGGCGAAAUGGUCUUGCUUUCUGUGCCAUCCUCCAUAAUUUCCAUCCUGAUAAAGUGAAUUUCGAAAUGCUGGAUCCUUAUGACAUUAAGCAGAACAACAAAAAGGCUUUUGAUGGUUUUGCUGAACUGGGCAUCUCCAGACUGAUCGAGCCCUCUGACAUGGUACUGCUGCCCGUGCCUGACCGGCUCAUUGUUAUGACUUACCUCAGCCAGAUCCGAACACACUUUACUGGCCAGGAGCUCAGUGUGGUACAGAUUGAACAGAACAGCAAUGAGUCAAGCUAUGCCGUGGGAGAUAAAAUACAGAACACAGACCCGGAUGCUGCUGCACGCUAUUAUGCUGAGAGAUUCCAGACCAGCCACCUUGCUCAGGAGACAGCUGGGAACGUCAUUGACAAAGGAACUAAGGAGAAUCCAAAUACCAAUGGUAGUUUGGUACCACCUCCUCGAACUAAACGGACUCAAGGGAUGAGUCAAGCGGGAGGCUCAGGGGGAGCCCAGGCUCCAGUCGUUCCUCCAAGGACUCACACUUCAUCCACCAAGGGUUUUUCUCAUGUCAGGGAUGCAGAUUUGGUAAAGAAGCGGCGAUCACAGCUGAGAGGGGAGUCUUUUGAAGAGACUGAGAUGUCAGAGAAACUGACUGCAGCAGAGACUGGACCAAGUCAUGCUGAGAGUGGAGCAGCCAAAGCACCCUCAGGAGCAUUGGAGUGUGGGGAACAGGGAAAAGCAGGAGAUGGCCAGGAUGUCAGUCAGUAUGUCUUGAGUGAGAUGCAGGCCCUGGAGGCAGAGCAGAGGCAGAUAGAUCACCGGGCUGACAUUGUGGAGAGGAAACUAAGAAGACUUAUGGAGUCUGGUAGUGAUCGCGCAGAGGAAGAGAAACUGAUUCAAGAGUGGUUCACGCUAGUUAACAAGAAGAAUGCCUUAAUCAGGAGACAAGACCAUCUGCAAUUACUACUAGAGGAGAAUGAUUUGGAGAGGAGGUUGGAACUGCUCAAGGUGGAGCUUAGAGAUCUCAUGGCAGUAGAAGAGUGGCAGAAGACUCAGGCCCAUAAAACCAGAGAGCAUUUGCUGCUGCAAGAGUUGGUGUCUCUUGUUAACCAGAGGGAUGAACUGGUCCAUGACAUGGAUGCCAAAGAGAGAGGAGCUUUGGAAGAAGAUGAAAGGUUGGGAAGAGUUUUGGAGCAGAGACAAAGAAAGUAUGGAAGUCAAAAAGAGAAGUGGAGGUAGCAGUUUUCACAUGGACAGACUGUUAGAUUUAUUUGGAGAAACAAGAAAUGUGGAACUUCAAGUCCCGUGCCAGUGACGUACAGAAACAAGAAGUGAAAGAGACGUGGAUUAAUAAUGGAAAAAACCAUGCAACUAUUUUGCAAUGAAAGUGGAAAGGUUAAUACUUGUGUAGUGGCCUUUUAACAUGGGGACAUUUGAACACUUUAUACUACGUAUAGAUCUGAAAACUACAUGCUUUCCUGAAAUGAAAUGUUGAUCUGUCACUCAUAUCUCAACUGCGGAAAAAAAGCAUUAUAUAGCAUUUUAAUUCCAUUUAAAAUUUAUUCAAACUUGAGAGACCAAAAACAAUCCCAUGGUUAAAGUCAGAGAUCACGUUUUUUCCCCUUUCUGAUGUUUGAAGAUGAACAGAAGCUCUUGUCCUGUAUCUGCAUGAUUUUAUGCAUUGUGCUUCUGCCACAUGAUUGGAUUGCUGAAUAAUUGCAUGAAUGAGCAGGUGCACAGAUGUUCCUAUUAAAGUGGCCCUUGGGUGUGUAUAUAUAAAAGCGUUGCAGGUGUAAAAUGCAAUUCUGAGGCAUGGCUUGGUGUCUGUGUUUAAUUCCUGUUUCUUUAGUUUCUUGGCUAGACAAUUACGUGUUUUUGCUUAGCUCAUUACUUUCUAGUCCAUUGUUUUCUUUUUUUUUAAGAAACCCUGACGUCCCUGAGUUCUUGGCAUACUUCAAGAGAAUGGGAUAAAAUAUCACACUGCACGUACAUAUUACAGACAACAGUUCAUAUUUCCGUAUCAUAUUUCUAACACUGCUGAAAAAUCAAACAGCUGGAGCUUUUUUUUUUUUAAUUGCUCCAAGACUCUAAGAUUUUUGCUAUUGACCAUUUUCUCAUUCUCUUCAGUAUAAGUAUGUGACCAUCAGCAUGGGAGAAAACCAAAGAGGUCUGAACACAAAGAGAAAAAAAUCCAAGAUGGUUGACAUGUCAACUAAUGAAUAUGAAAAUACAUUUGCAGUUGAUCACAUAUUUAAACACAACCAUGACCUUAAUAAAACAGUUGAAAAUUUUGAGUUGGAGCUACAUUUGCAGACAGUUUUGUAGUAAUUAAAAAAACAUUUUAUGGUUGAAAAAAAAUUGUGGUGAAAAUAAGCCUAUGGCAAGUUUCCAUGUGUUUAAACUCAGUUUAUAUAUUUAUAUAAGCUGAUUGGUUUAGUGGUUAGCACGUUUGCCUCGCACACCCGGGGUUGGGGGUUCAAUCUCCUCCUCUGCGCACCACGGGUGCGUUUGCAUGUUCUCCCCGUGCUUCGGGGGUUUCCUUCGAGUACUCUGGUUUCAUCCACCAGUCCAAGGACAUGCGUUGUAGUUUGAUUGGCAUUUCCAAAUUGUGUGAGUGUGUGAUUGUCCCCUGUGAUGGGUUGGCACUCCGUCCAGGGUGUCCCCCGCCUCAUGCUCUGAAUCUCCUGGGAUAGGCGACCUUGUAUAGGAUAAGCAGUACAGAAGAUGGACAAUUUAUGGAUAUUUGCUGAUUUUUAUCAAGAGCUUUAAUACUUCUGGAUUUCACUAUAAAUAGAAUUUGAGUUAAAAACUUGUAACCCAGUGGGAAAAACCUAUUGCAAAAUAGAGAAACAUUUCUUAUGUAACUUGAUUCACAGAAUGUCGAUCUUAAAUAAAUCUAUGGAAUGUUUUGAAA